AUGGCUGACCUUCUUAAGGGAGUGAAAUUGCAGAAGAAAGACGGUAGUAGCGCAAAUGCUGAAGACGUGCUCAAGGAUAAAGUCGUAGGAUUGUACUUCUCAGCUCAUUGGUGUCCACCAUGCCGUCAGUUCACUCCCGUGUUGAAGGACUUCCACGAUGAACUUGCAGAUAGUGGAGAAUUUGAGAUUGUGUUUGUGUCUUUCGAUAGGAGUGAAUCUGAUCUUAAAAAGUAUUUGGAGGAAGCCCACGGCGACUGGUAUCACAUUCCCUUCGGAUCUCCUAAAAUCCAGUGA